GGUGAAUGAAGCGAUGCUUGAAGACGGUCUGCCUAGGUGCUCGACGCCUAUUCGGAGGUCGAUGUACCAACCAAGACCUAACUGUAGCAGCGCUAGUGAUAACGAGGGUUAUUCUAGGUUCCGCUGCAGGUUGGACUUGGGAGGCGUGGCUCCAAGGCUUCGGGGGUCACCAUGCGCAAUUCCAGGGGUGCUCUCUGGACUCAUCAGGAAGUAAAUGUCCUGAAAAAAAAACGGUUCUUUUCAGAGCCACUAAUUUAUCUGCAAUGAAAAAGAUUAUCUGUUAGCCCUAAUUAUAUUGUCAUUAUAGAUUUGAAAAUUCAUAAUCUCUUAAAAAUCGCUUUUUUCAGAGCCACUGAUUUAUAUUCAACCGAAGAAUAUCCGUUAG